CCUCUCCCUGGCAAAACGCGUGGGCAGCCACCAAGGGUGCACGACCGACGAGCGCAGGUAUCGUGCUCUCGAUAAGCCGCACGCGCGGCAUCGAUUUGACACCCUCGACGCCGUCGCGCCCAGCCACAACUCCUUGCGGGCAGCCUCACAGACAGCAUGGGCAACCGCCGCCGACCGCAGGGGGACACGCGCCGCCGCGCGCACGGCUGCACGCACCGCACGCACGGCGUCGACUUCGAAACCCGCGACGCCGUGUCGAUGCGCCGUCGGGGCCAGCCCAACGACGCCGGCGUCGCGUGGGUCGUAGCCACACCAGGACCCAAGCGCUUCUCCACGUCGCGCGGUCCUAAGCAAAGCCCGAUCCGCCAGCAGCACCAACAGUUGAAAGUUCCGAUGCCUUCUGACGUCCGAGCACUGAUCGAGCGGAAACACACGACCAUAACAGCGGUCCGGGGCGACCCGCGGCGGAUCGGCCGCGUGCUCGGCACGCCGGUGCCGACGGAGCGCCCCGCGACGGCGCCGGCGGGCCGGCGCCCCUACGAGGCACCAAGGUCGAGGCCGCAGUCGGCGCGGCCCUGGACGACGCGAGGCGGCCGCGCGCUCAUCGACGGCAAGCACACGACUGUGACUGCCGUGCGAUACCAACCUCGGUACAAACCGCCCCCCAUCUACUGUAGAGGAAGGGAAGUUACUAGAGACGAUGCUACGUAUCAUACGGCCAAGGAAAGGUUGAACCGCAGCUACUCGCGGCCGCAGACGGCGCCCGUGCGGCGGCGUAAUGGUGGCGUCGAUCACGUGAGAACGCACGCCCAGUCGCCCCUCUUCGACAUUCCUAAUACGAAACGGCCGCGCCCGCGUCAAAAGUUGACGAAGGAGGAGCGGCGUUUUAUGCUGGCGAACGGCUGGCCCGCGGCCGGCCCGAAGGACGCCGCGGUGACGCACUGGGGCGGCGACCACGCGAGUCGUGUCUUACCGUUUGCCGCGGGCUGCGGCUUCGAGGCGUACCCCGACGACGACGCGUCGUGGGAGUCGGAAACGGUCUUGGAGCGGCGCAGCCGCCUCAACGCCGCGCGCCAGACGCGCCUGAGCGACUUAUGCGCUGCUAUCACGCCGGAUAAGGACGACUCCCUCGAAGCAAGGCAAAGGCGCCUGUUCCAGAUCGACGUAAAAUCGCGUCCGAGGAGCGCGCCCCCCAAGAAGGACUACACGAUCUACGGCCCCGCGCUGCUCGACGUCUCUGACCGCCGAACCGGUGGCUCCUCGCCACAAGCCCCGACCCUUCCCCAGGAACACACAUUGGAAUAUCCUCUGCGAGUGGAUCUGCCUCCUCCAGACGAUAGAAUUUCGGUUAUUAUUUAAUAUUACUCUCUAG